UGUCUUAAAGAGAUUUGCUGUCCUGGAUUACUUGCUUAAAGAAAUAACGUUUCUUGAAGCAGGAUGUUUCUGGACAAUAUUUUCUUAGUGUUAUCAAUUUGGACAACUCUAUCAAAACAGCAAAAUGUUCUUUAUCCAUACGGAGUGGAUAAUGGCGAUACGGUUAUGGACAUUUCAAAGAAAAAAAUGUCAGUUCUGAAGUUAACAAAACCUAUGCUGUUGUUUUCGAGUCCUGCUACAGAAGUUCAGAUAUAUAACGACGGUGACUUAUUCAUGAAAGCCAACUCAAAUGCGAAUCCGUAUGACAUUUACUUAUCAAUCUACAGAAUCCCAAUCGUUGAUGCUUAUCCGGCGUACAUGUAUUACAGAGAAACCACGGAUUCUCAUAUUUUAAAGAACGCAUCAGAAGAUAUCGGAAAAUAUGUCCAUGGUACAUUCCACUCCAGUCGAGCUAUUAUUGUGACUUCAAUAAAGAUACCAAGCCAUCCACUUAUCAGUAAAUAUCAUACGCACCAAUGUAUUCUUGCAACAAAUGGAACUGCAACCUUUGUCAUACUUAACUACGCGCGUCUUGAUUAUUCACAUGCAUUUGUUGGAUACAAUGAAGAAGAUUGCAGUAAUGAGAUAUUUCAACCUUCAAAAUUCAGUCGGUCGCUCGUUGUAACUUCUAAUAUGGGAAUAACUGGUCGCCAUGUGUUUUUACUGACGAAGAAAUGUAAAGUUCCAGAAUUAUAUCCCUAUGGACAGAAGGAGGGUGAUAACAUCAUGAAACCUGGAUAUCAUUACACAGAAAGUUUUCAGCUGGAACAACCUUUGUUAAUAUUUUCAAGAAUGGUUAAAACACUAUAUAUAUCAACUAAUGGACUUGUAUAUGGAAGUAUUCCACUCGUGAAUGACACUAUUCCAUACUCAGCUUCAACAGACAAAGUGAUAUACAUAUUGAACUUAGACAUCGACACAAGGAAACAAGGUGCUGUGUAUUACAGAAAAACUCAAAAUCGCACUUUACUGCAAAGCAUUUCCGAAGAGAUAGAACAAGUGUUGGAUGUAGAAUUCCAAGCAAAAGACUUAGUUAUUGUAACGUUUGCAAAUGUUUCAACUUAUUUCCGCAAAAAACACGAAGUUACUUCUGCCCAACUGGUGAUUGCAACAGACAAUAUAACAUCGUACGCAAUUUGGAAUUAUUUGUCUUUGAUAAAGAGACUUGGCUUCUCCGAACGGAUGUGCAACUUCAUGGUUUCAAGGUUUAAAAAGAAAUCAGUUACUAAAAGAAAUCGAUUUUUCGAGAAAUUGUCUUUAACUGCGUGUCGCGUAAAGCAAAAAGAUUUUUAUCCCCAUGGCAUUGAUGAAGGAGAUGUCAGAAUUAGUCUGCCAGGGUAUACCAGAUGUUACCAAUUACCACAAGAAUAUUUUGACAAUAUUCAUUACUUAAAAGGAACUUUCAUGCAUUUAUAUGAUGCUUUUCAAUUUGACGUAUUGAAUGCCCACGGUAAUGCUGCAAGAAUAUGCACAUACUUCCAAGGUGUAUAUCACCUCAAUAUAUACUACAGACGAAGCAAAGCAGAUUGGAUUCUUUCAAAAAUUAACGAUGACCUGGGUUUUGAAGUUAAUGCUACAACUGUGACAAUUAUUACUGCUGUUGUCAACCCUAUAAGUUACAUAACGUUAAGUAAGCACAAAUUUCAACUGCUGAUAGUAUCAAAUCUUUUGGACACAUAUGUUGUAGCAUAUUAUAUGGAUUAUUCUAUUGAAGAUAAAGACAACUUAUGGAUACCAUCAGAUCAAAAUCUAGAACAUAGAACAAGCAGAAAUAUGAAAAGAUUGGGCAGAAAAGGACAUGCUUAUCAUUUGAAGAAGAUCGUAGUUAUACCAGAACUGUAUCCUCACGACCAAAUUAUAGAUAGGCACGAGCUUAAAAAGCACGAAAAAAGACAUGAAGUUGUUUUGGAUGAACCGAUGCUAUUGUUCUCGAAAAAAGAGAGAAGGUUCUUUAUAAACAACGAGGGUAGCAUAAGAUUAGAUGUCUCCACAAAAUUUGACAGCAGUACAUUUUUGUCGACAUAUGGGAUGGAAUUCAACCUCACAUUUGGUGGACAUAUAUACUAUAGUAUCUCUCGCAGCCAGAGUAUACUGAAUAAGACCAACAAAGACGUUGAAGCAAGUGGAAAUAAAAAAUUUAACGCAUCGCAAGCUAUUAUUGUCACGUACGUAAAUGUAUCAGCUCGUGAUACACCUGAAGAAAAGAAUACUUUCCAAACUGUGAUAGCAUCAGACGGUACAAAGACAUAUGCUAUCCUUAUAUACAAAAAACUCGAAUCUUGGAAUGCAUCUGUUAAAUUUCGAGAACGUGACUGCAUGUGGAAAAAUUUUGUUAGAUCAAGGGAUGGUCGCUACAGGAUUUCGCAUUCAAACGUUCAUCAUUUUUACGGUAAACAUGUACAUCUACUAACGACAAAGAGUUGUAGAGAAAAAAAUGCAACAAUCUUAUAUCCCUACGGUGAGAUGCACGGAGAUGAGAAGUUCUCGUUAGACUUACCACUAUCGGACGGGAGAAGACUUUUGUUAAGUACACCAAUGCUACUCUUUUCAAAGCUAGCCAGCCGUUUAUACGUAAGAGGAGGUGGUGAAAUUUUAGUUGGAGACGACGGGGUUAACAUAAACUUAGAAAAAACUAGUAUCACAUGGAUAGCUGCCUAUCGGAACCAAUAUUUCUUUAAUCCAAGGAAGAGUGGAAUAUAUUAUCGUGAAACAUUUGACAGCAGGAUAUUUUCUUUAGUGAAUAAGGAUUUAACACGUUACGGAAUCAGAAACUUCACCUGCUUCCAAGCUGUCAUUGUCACCUUUAUGAACGCCUUAGGGCCAUCGAGUAAAUCAGAUACCUUUCAAACUGUCAUAGCCACAAAUGGUAAAGAAACUUACGCCAUUUUUAAUUACAAUCGCUUAGAUAAUCCUGAUUGCAUAGUCGCGGGAUACGGCGAAAUGUAUUGUUCUAAAUACAUAAUGGAUUGUAAAAAUAUGUCAUAUACUUCCAACGUCGGCAUUCCUGGGCGACAUGUUCUAAAGUUGACGUCAGAUUGCCGUAAAGCAGCCUUGUAUCCAUAUGGCAUGCAAGUAAAUGAUUCAGUCAUGCAACGUGGAGAUGACCAAGGGGAAAAAAUGCAGCUGAAAAGUCCUGUUCGUUUUCUAGCAGGACCGCCUACCCACAGCUUAUACAUCAGUAGCAAUGGUUUCAUUACAUCCGAACACCCUGGCGAUAUGAAAAAGAUAACAUUGCCAUCUCCAUAUAUGAUACUGGCACCAUACAACUUGGAUUUUGACACAACAAAGGGUGGAAAUAUAUUUUAUAGGGAAAGUUAUGAACCAGAAGUGCUUAAUCAAGCCACAGUAGACAUUCGGAAGCGCCUCAAUUCAGAAUCAUUUGUCGCCAAACAAGCAGCUGUUAUCACUUACGAAAACGUUCCUCUACGAAGUAACAUUUCGUUACUUCAUACGUUUCAAGUGAUUUUAGUUCGAGAUCCAUACUACACUUACGCUAUACUCAAUUAUGUUCGACUCGACGCAAACGGAGCAAUGUGCGGAUAUUCUAUAAGAUCCUGCGCAUGUGAAAGUUUCGAAUAUUUUCCUGACAGCAAAAAAUUAGCACAAUCCUCAAAUGUUGAUAUUGAAGGAAAGAGUAUUUACACAAUUUCUUCAUACUCCUACUGCGCUGGACUCCCAGAAUUGUUUUCGUGGGGUUAUCCAGCUAGCGAUUAUCUUAUAGACACUUACGACAUAAAUGCAAAGUAUCAAACACUUAAACGGCCAAUGCUGUUGUUUUCAAAACCUGAACGCCUGCUUGUUGUUUCUCAAAUCGGGAUAUUUGUAGACAAAUAUGUGCCGUUGAGUGACAUAUUAGAUGGAAAAAUUGAUACAACAAGCAUAUAUCCGUAUGCUAGGAAGUACUACUAUACCACAGAAAAACUUGGUCGAGGUGACUUCAACGCUAUAUACGUACGAGAAACAUUUAAUAUCGCUUUUUUAAAUCUAACGAGUAUGCACGUCCGUAUCUAUUCAAAGGAUCAAUUCGUUGCAACACACGCCUUUGUGGUAUCAUAUAUACAUCUGUCGAUGAGAAGCAGUUCUAGAACCCAUGGUGAUACGUUCCAAGUAGUUUUGCUUAGUAAUGGCACACAAACGUAUGCAAUUUUAACAUAUCAACAUCUACACUAUCGAGCGUCUGUUGUUGGGUUUUACGAGAAAUACUGCUUCUCUAAAGUUUUUGCAAAUAAAUCUUACAGCCGAGAUCUGCAAAGAACUUCCAACAUUGGAAUUCCAGGCAGGCACGUGUUCUUACUUACAACUAACUGUCCGGUUCCUGAACUUUACCCAUUUGGCGAUGGAGUUCAUGACACAGAAUUACCGAGAGGUGACGAAAUGCAACAAAUAUUCAAUUUAUCUCGCCCAAUGCUCUUGUUUGGAACAGAUGUUUCAAGCAUCUUCAUAUACACCAAUGGAUAUAUAGCAAAAUCUGCAGAUAUAUCACUUAGUCAUAUUACAAUUCCGUCAUCACAUCAUUUUAUUGCAGCAUAUGCAAUGGACCUGGACACAAGCAAAAAAGGGAAAAUACUAUACCGCGAAGAAUUUAACGUCACUUUAUUAGACAAAGUCAGCAAACAGGUUUGCAAGUAUUCAAAAGACUCCUUUCACGCAAAUCACCUUGUAAUUGUAACGUAUGCAGAUGUUCCGAGACGUUACAACGAUACUUCAACACAUACCUUCCAGAUAAUCUUAGCCUCAAAUGGGCAUGUGACAUACUGUAUGUUUAUUUAUAAACACUUGAGUAAUGGCGGUGCUUUUAGUGGAUUCGCAGAAGGUCGUUGCAGAGCGAAAUGGCUGACAAGCCGAGAAAGUAGCAACAAACUUAUUACAAAAUCUAACAUCGGAAUCAUUGGACAAAGGGUUUAUAAAGUUACAUCGCCGUAUUGUCGAGAUGGUAGGACGGAGUUGUAUCCAUAUGGGUAUGAAAACGAGGACUUUAUAAUACCAGUCUCUAUGACUUCUUUUAUUCCACAUAGUUUAGUGUUAACUAAACCUAUGCUGUUAUUUUCAAGUAAAGCGUGGGAGGUCGGUAUAGGAACGCAUGGCUAUGUUAUUAUGACCAUAAAUCACAUUCCCAAAAAUGAAAAACUACCAUCUUAUGUAACACAUAUUGAAAUCUAUCGUAUGCGCUAUUAUCCCGGAAAUGUCUACUGUAGGGAAGUACUCAAGGAAAAAGACUUAAACCUAAUCACCAAUGAUAUUCGAUUAUACUCAAAAGAUAACUUCACUGCUACACAAGCUCUUCUCAUCACGUAUCUUAAGAUGCGCGAGUUUCGAACUUCAAGGUACAAUACAUUUCAAGUGGCAAUUGCAUCUGACGGAAAUUUGACAUAUGCAGUGCUAAACUAUAUUCGUCUUGAGAGUAAAAAUGCUAGAGUUCAAUACCAUGAACCCUAUUGCACAUCAUCUACACUAGUGGCUCCUGAAGAAAGCCAAAAGCUUUUUUCGAGCACUAAUACCAACAGACCAGGCCAACACGUCAUAAAACUGACCAGCAAAUGCCGAAAAGCAGAACUUUAUCCGUACGGAUUAAAUGUUGGUGAUAAAAACUUCACAAGCAACCAAAUCGAGCAUUUGAUUUUGCAAAAAGGAAUGAUGUUGUUCUCGCGGAUUUCAAAGGACCUAUAUAUAAACGUGAAUGGGGUAGUAUCGAUCGAUGUACCUGUAGAAGGACCGGUUAAUAAGCUUCUCGCUCAACACACUGUAUUGGCAGUAUUUUCUAAGGAGAUGGAUUUAACAUUAGCUGGUAAAAUAUUUUACAGAGAAACAUUUGACAAAGAAGUGUUACAAACAGCCACAGAGGAUAUUCGACUUUCUGCAACAACUCCUUUCGUGGCAAAACAUGCCAUUGUAGUAACCUUUGUCGACGUCCCUCCAAAAACGACAAAAAUACUAAGGCAUACAUUUCAAGUCAUAUUGGCUUCCGAUGGACGAUCUACUUAUCUUAUCUUCAACUUCAUACAACUUGACAGCGACGACGGAUACACGGGUUUUGCAGAGAAAUUUUGCGAAGUUAAAAAUGUAAAGCCAUCCGAGGGAAGACAGACAUUAGCUGCAGAUACCAACGUCAAUAUAAAGGGAAAAUUUGUUUAUUUAGCAACUGUACAAAACUGCAAGGGAGACAAAGGAAUGUAUCCAUACGGUCCUCUUUAUGGUGACAGAGAAAUGCGUCGUGGUGAUAAUACUGCAUAUGGGUUUGCACUGAGCAAAUCAAUGCCAUUGUUUACCAGAAAAGCAAAGAAAAUGUUUAUCAGCACCAAUGGAGUUGUUGGCAUCGACGCAUACUUAAACAUGAGAAAAGUCAAAAUUCCAAAUAGAUACACUCUUUUUGCAAGUUACAAUGUCGACUUAGAUGUUACACAGGGGGGAACAAUAUAUUUUCGUGAAAGCUUUAACGUCACGCUUUUACAAAAAGCAAGCAAAGAUAUAAGGAAACUACCUGACAGCUCAUCAUUUGUUGCCAAUCAGUGUGUUCUAAUAUCAUAUCUAAAUGUUCCGGAACACGAUCACCCUGAACGACGUCAUACAUUUCAAGUCAUCUUAGCUUCUGAUGGAGUAAAAACCUACGUGAUACUUAUAUAUAAAACGCUAUCAACAAAUGGAGCUGUAGUUGGUAUUUCGGAAAGAUUUUGCGGUUGGAAGUACUUUGAGUCCCCGCAAAAUAGUACAUCGUUGGUUAAGAAGACAAACGUCGGUGAGAUGGGAAAGCACGUAUAUCUGCUGACGUCAGAUAAUUGCUCUAUAACAGAAUUAUAUCCUUAUGGUGUCAAAAAUGGUGAUGUAAAAAUCAAAAAGGGAGAUAACUAUGCCGAGAAUUUUACACUCAACCAACCACUACCAUUGUUUUUUCAUAACGUAACUCAAAUUUAUAUUAGUACGAACGGCCUAAUAUCUGUUCAAAAUGGUAUAACAUUCAACAUCAGUCUUCCAUAUCAUGAAACAGUGAUUGCACCGUAUCAUAUGAAUUUCGAUACACUAAAAGGAGGUUCAAUAUUCUAUCGAGAAACUAAAGAAAGAAACAUCCUGUCAUUGAUAAACAAAGAUAUCAAAAGAACUGGCUUGGAAUUUGAAUGUACACGAGUCAUAAUUGUAACUUACAUUGACGUUGCUCAUCAUGACAUACCAACGCAGAAACAUACAUUUCAAGUUGCCAUCGUUACUAAUGAAAUUGACACAUUCAGUAUUUUCAAUUAUAUUAGACUUGAUCGAACUUACGCUGUGACUGGUUUCUCUGGACAACAUUGCUACUGGAUGACGUUUAAUCGCUACACAGAAUGGACACCCACUCUUAGUUAUUACUUAGAGGAUAGAUCGAACAUUGGAGUUAAAGGAAAAUUUAUAUUCUCUAUGAGCUCUUAUAUGUGUAACGAUGAAGGCAAUAUAAAUGAUCGAUGGUUAUCAGAUGCACCAUAUGAUGUCAACGUUGCAACAAUGACCUACACUGAUGUUGGUAUAAAAUGGAGACACUUGGAUAAUAUGUCAGAUGCAUACUUGAUGGAACAUCCAAAAGAUUUUGUCAUUAUCAUAAACGCUGCAGAAAUGUGGCAUUCUUCAAAAUAUGUUUAUAGAUCCAAGUUCAGCAUCCUUGGUCCUCUGGAACAAAACAUUACAUAUCAAGUUAACAUAUACACAAAAAGACGUGGUCUUUAUUUUAUGCCAGGAAAACCAUCAAUCAUACAUGUUGCGACUGUUCCGUUAGAAUCUGUCCAUAAUUUAACUAUAAAACAGACCAUGUCAGAGAGAGCGAUUGCGUAUUGGAAAGUACCAGAGCACCUACUGUUAGAUACGGUCAUUGGAAAAUUGAUGAUUGUUCAUAAAUACACACGAAAUAUGGAAAUGAUAGAGGAUGUUAAUGUAACAAAUAUAUGUCAAGAGCAAUUCGAAUUUUCUGGAUUUGUGGGUUCUACGCAUAUUAUAGAAGUGGUACCUAUUAUUGAUGACCGGUUGGGACCAGUCGCUAAUUCUUCGCAUACAUUCACUAGUGACCCUCUGCCCAAUCACGAUAACGAUAUCACAACUGAGCUGAUCAUCAUUAUCGCAAUUGCAACUACACUAAUUGGAAUAAUAAGCUUUGCAUUUGUUUGGUAUAAAAGAAGCCACAGACGGAAGUUUAAUGCAUACUUAAUGCCAGCAAGUAAUAAAGUGAUCGACCCCGGGAAAACAAUCCUGGAGCAAUGUCACAAUCUCAGCUACGAUUUAAAAUUCGAAUUUCCAAGAAAGAAAUUACACUUAGUUCGAACUAUUGGUGAGGGUGCCUUUGGUCAAGUGUGGAUGGCGACUGCUGAAGGGAUGAAUGCGUUUAAACCAAGGGAGACAAGAAAAUCGAGAAAUAUACUUAAACAUUUCAAAGGAGGUGGUCUCAAGAAGUCAGUGGUGGCUAUAAAAUGCUUAAAAGGUAAUGCAGCCGAAAGCGACUACAAGGAUCUAGCUAAUGAAAUAAAAUUGCUUAUCCAUCUUGGUGAACAUCCAAAUAUUGUUAAUCUACUCGGUGCUUGUACGAGAGGAGAAAGCCUGCUUGCAAUUUUGGAAUAUUGCGGAAAGGGGUGCCUAUUGGAAUAUCUUCGAUUGAACAGAGAUCAAUUCGAACCCACCUGGGUAAGACAUGAUGAUGAAGAUUUAAAUCUGUAUGAUUUGACAUGGAUUGCUGUUCAAGUUGCUCAUGGGAUGGAUUUUCUUGAACAGAAAAAGUGCGUUCACCGCGACUUAGCCGCAAGAAAUGUUCUCUUAACAGAGCACACGAAGGUAAAAAUAUCAGAUUUUGGACUAGCUAGGGAUACUGACAAUAAAAGUUUUUACCUGAAAGAAAGUGAUGGUUUGCUUCCAGUCAAAUGGAUGGCACCAGAAGCAAUUGUUGAUCGAAUGUAUACUUCAAAAAGUGACAGUUGGUCAUUUGGAAUUGUGAUGUGGGAAAUCUAUUCACUUGGUUCUGUGCCAUACACUUUUUUAAAAAACUCAAGUGUAAUGACAUACCUCAAGUCUGGUCAGCGAAUGGAAAGUCCGAAACAUUGUCCUGCAGCAGUGCGCGAGUUGAUGUUACAGUGUUGGUCCAUCUUGCCAGAUAUGAGAAUGUCCUUCGCAGAGUUGAGAAACAAACUGGAUCAGAUUCUUUUGAAUAAUGAAACAAGUGCAUUGGGUGGCGUAUCUAUGGCAAGAAUAUUGGAUUUUGAACAAGCUGAAACGAAACAGGAAGUGGAGUAUGAACCAAAGGCGAGAAAUAAGGAACAACAAGAUGAGACGACAUCUGAAGUAUCGUCUACAAAAGAUUCAACUAGCGACAUUAUUGAUGCUGGUUCUUCCGAAGAUUAUCUCUUCUUAACCGUCGACACAAACGCACAUAAAGGGAUAUAUAACAACCUGAGGGAGAUGCACAGUAGGAUUGGAGUUGGAAGAUGACUAGCCUUCAUUUACUUUCUUGAAUUAAAAAUAAACAUGUUUUCCUUUC